UUCAACAGGCUUUAUGGAGGCCGUAGAUGGUGGGUGCGACCUCCCCUACAGAAUCGGGACACUCACGAAUUUUUCGCCACGAAUUUUGGAUUCAGGGAGGAAUUUAAGAAAAAUAUAAGGAUGGAAAAGCACAUUUUUGAAAUGCUUCUUAAUUUUAUUAAGGAAAGGAUCACUAGAAACAAUUCUAAUAGGCCAUCCAUUUCUCCAGAAUGUCGACUUUACUUGACCCUCUGUUAUUUGGCUCACGGAGGAAGUAAACAGUUUUAUGCUUCUUCCUUUAAAAUUGGACUUUCCACAAUGAAGGAAAUAGUGGCAGAAACGUGCGAUGCCUUGUGGGAGAUACUUGGGCCAAUUUAUUUGUCGAUUCCUAAGAAGGAUGAGUGGAAGCGUAUCGCUAUCGAUUUUAAUUCCAUGUGGAAUUUACCCAAUUGUAUUGGUGCAAUUGAUGGCAAGCACAUAAACAUAUUUUGCCCAUCAAACUCAGGUUCCCUUUUUUAUAAUUAUAAAGGGAACUAUUCAAUUGUUCUGCUGGCGGUGUGUGAUGCGAAUUAUACUUUCACUUGCAUUGAUAUUGGAGCUUACGGCUCGCAAAGUGAUGGUGGCGUUUUAUGGAAUUCUGGCUUUGGGAGACAGCUCUAUAGUGGAAAACUGGAUCUUCCUGAAAACGAUGUGCUACCAGACUCUGACAUAACUUUUCCCCAUUAUUUUGUUGGAGAUAAUGCGUUGCCGUUAAAGCCAUUUUUAAUGAGGCCGUACCCAGGUUUGUAUGAACAAUUUAAAAAUUAGUAUUUUCUAAUUAAACUCAUUUACUCAUUUUAGGAACCAACUUAUCUCUGGAGAGGCAAAUUUUUAAUAAACGUUUAUCUCGAGCACGCCGUGUUAUAGAAAAUGCAUUUGGGAUUUUGGCUUGUCGAUGGAGAAUCCUUUUAAAUCCCUUACAAAUGAGCCCUUUAUCUGCCGAGAAAAUUGUAAAGGCUACGGUUCUCCUUCACAAUUUUCUCAAGAUGCACGAUGGAAGCUACUGCCCGCCGGAAUAUGGUGACCAGGAGGACGGCGACUCUAUCAGAAGAGGAUUGUGGCGGAGUGAUAUUUCGACCCCCUUGCAAAGAACUAGGCGGAUAGGUUCGAACAAUGCGUCACAAAAUGCGUUUAAGUUAAGAGAUGAUCUGAAGAGUUACCUUGUAUCCCAUCCAAUUCAAAGGAUGGCACAAUAAAAAAAAGGUGAUUUAUAUUUUUUAUCUAAUGUGCGAAAAUAGUUAAC